AUGAAUGAAAUCUGUUUGCCAUAAAACCAUCAUAUAAUUCAAAUACUAUAUCAGUAUCUUCAAAAGCACGGAAUGAACUUUGACAAUCCAUCAACGACUAAACUGUUUGAGUUAUUUAUCUAAACUCAUGAAAUUACAUACUAAAGAAAAGAAAUUUAAAUAGCUUAACUCAAUUCAAAAAUAUUCUCAAUCACUUAAGAACUUAAUACACUUCAAAACAAUAUUGACGGAUAAUAUUCAGUAAUAAAGAAUAUCAAAAAUAGAAGAGAAAAACUGCAUAUUGGCCUUGAUUUACAAGAAUCUCAUUUGCAUCAGAUUGAAAAAUCGAUUAAUUCAAUUCACAAUGAUUCUUCAAUCACAUAGAAAAUAAGUGACCUUACUGAAGGUAUAAAGAUUUGCAGAGAGAGAUAUCUAUCAAUAAAAGAAGAGAACGAACAAUUCAACAAAAUUUAGACUACUCUAACAUAAUAAAAGCAAUAAUUAAAAAAUUGUUAUAAAUUUGUAAAUUUAAUAUUAACUAAAAAAGGCUUAAGAUAAAAUUAAAAAUAAUCUCGUAUAUUUUGAUGAUCUGAAGGAGUAAAGUGUCAGUCUCAAUAAUAGAUUAAAUAAAUAAUUGAAAACAGUGACAGAACUAUUUUAGUUAAAUCACAAGAGAACAAUAAAUUAGAAACAUACUAAUUAUGGAAACAAUCCUAUCCAUAAUGAAGAUACAAGUAUGAUAUUAAUAAAUUUAAUUGAGUUCCUAAUCAACUUACAAAUGCAAAUUUUAAAUAAAUCUGGAUAAAGUACAUCCUCUGAAAAUGAUAUCUUGGACCUUAUCUAAACUAUACUAAACCUAAAGUCAUAAUUAAAUCAAAUCAAUUUUCAAGAUAGUUCUGAGGAGCAAUCAAAAUUACCUUAGUAAACAGAAUCAAUAUAAAUUCCUCAAAGAUAAAGAUUUAAGACUCAUCAUAAUCUUGGUAAUAUUAGAUUAAGAAAACAUUCCUAAUAGGAUCAAGAUUCCAAGGUUGCCUCUGAAUAUGAUGAAGUAAUGGAGAAUCAAUCAAGUGAAAAUGACUGCCUAUAGGAACUAAUAUAAAUAUCACCCAAAAAGCCUUGGCAAUUUAAAUCGGUCAUUAUAGAUAGCAGUAAAAACUCAGAAAAGAAAAUGGAAUAUUUGAGCGAAUAAUAGAUUAAAUCUUAAAACCUAAAAUCAUUAGCUUCGAUAUCUUCGGAUGCCAGUUUUUAAGAUUUACGAGUCAUAACUUUAUAAGAGGAAUUAUAAACUGUCUAUUCAUAUGAAUAAACACAAGAAGAAUACAAAUAAGCCACAAGUAGUUAUUAUGAUACUCAAGAGAGAACUCAAAUUAAUUCGAAAAUUCAAUCUAAUUUAUAUGACUCUAACAAAACCAAAGGCAUUUAAGAUUAGAAAAAUAGAGGGAGCUUUGAGAUUAUUGGCAUUAUUGUGAUGACAAUAGGCAUUGCUGGAUGGAUGUAUUAAAGGUCAAAAUGA